AACGGAUGUUUUAUGACAAAUUGUUUCGGUCAUACAGUUGAGCUCACUCUUAAAAAAAAAAAAAGAAAAAAAAAGGAGCUCACUCUUUUGAAUUUUUUUUCAAUCCGUUCGAACGAAUCAUAACAGUAAUCUUUUGAACAAAAGAUCCGGUUCGAAAGAACAACUCAUUCGCAGUUCGGAGCAUCAAACACGUGCUGUUUCAGGUUUUCAAGACUUGCAGUUUUUGAGCCACUGAACAAAAACAAUGGAGCGGCAGAAAGCUCGAUUUGUGGAUGAUCGCAGAGCAAAACUCAUCCAGAGGGUUAGUGCUGUGAUGCCCAUAGCUGAUGCACUGAUGUCUGCUGGAAUAAUUCACCGUGAAAUAUACUCAUAUAUUCAGGCAGCUUCUACAAAUCAGGAUAAAAUGAGAGAGCUCCUUGGUGCUCUGAACACUGACAAAGCAAAAUCUGAUUUUUACGAUUUGCUUAAAGAGAACGAGCCAUUCCUGGUUGAAGAUCUUGAACAAGGAGUUCAACAAGGGACUGAGGAAAAACAAAUCAGGUGGAACAAAUCCUCCAAAAUACAUAGUACAAAAAUAGAGGAACUGUUAAAAAAAACUGACAUCAAAAAAGUAGGGAAUCUCUCCUUUUCUAAAGAUAAGAAGUACAUUAUUGGCUCUGGACGAAGCAGCACAGUGUAUAUUGUCUUGAGUGAAGAUGGCACUGAGGUGGCCAUUAAACGAAUCACAAAGAACCCAAAGAACGACAAAGACUUUGAAAAUGAACUGAAGUGUCUACAAGAUUUAAAGCUUGAGAGCAAGUAUAUCGUCAGGUAUGUGACCUUUGCAGAGGAUGAAGAUUUUUACUAUCUUGCAAACCAGCUUUGUGAGUCCGAUCUGGAGGACUACAUGGAAAAUCGUCCAAAAGAACAAAAUGACGAGACCAUUUUGAGGGAAAAAGUCAAGGAGAUGCUUCUUGGCCUUCAAGUUCUUCAUCAUGCUGGAGUGAUACACCGUGAUAUAAAGCCUAGAAAUGUUUUGAUAGAUACAGAAGGAAAGGCAAGGCUUGCUGACUUUGGCUUAAGUCGCAAACUGGAGGAGGGCAGAAGCACAGUUCAUACUGUUAGAGCUGGUACACAAGGCUGGGAGGCAACAGAGAUCCUGAAUCAGACUGAAAAGGGUCAUUACAAAAAGAGCUCAGACAUCCAGGUUGCUGGGAUGUUGGUGUACUACAUCCUCUCUGAUGGAAAACAUCCUUUUGGGGACAUGAAGGAUCGCAAGGACAACAUCAAGAUUGGGAUGUACUCUCUUGAACAUGUACAAGAUAUAGUAGCCAAGGAUCUCCUUAAAUGGAUGAUCAACAAAGAACCAGCUGAGAGACUGACCAUUGAUGAGGUCCUACGACACCCUUAUUUCUGGGAUGAUUCCAGAAAAAAUGAAGUCGUUAAGAAGCUAGGUGAUCAACACGAAGUCCAGUACUAUAUUGAUAUUUCAGAAGCUUGCAAAAUUAAGAAAGCUGAAGCCACCCUAACAGCAAAAGAGACGGUUGAAAGUCUCUUCAAUAAUAAAAAGGACAAGAAUGCACAAAACAGGAAAGCUAAACUCCUUGAGAUGCUAGGAGAAACAGAGGAAGUCCAGGAAAACAAAAUAGAAUAUCUUUCUAAGCUUUGCGACUGUGCAGAGAACUACACACACACAAAAUCUUUUGAAAAUUGGCAAUCAAAGCUUAAGGAUCAAUGGCCACGCAUUAACAUCGACAAAGCUACUCCAGAGGACUUAGUUGGCCUGCUCCGAUGUAUUCGCAACAACAUGACACACCUUUUGAACUUUGAUACAGAGAUCCUCAACCAUUUUCCAGAUUUCUUCAUCAGCUUACACAGAUUGGCUAAAGAUAUGAGCUGGAACUGUACCUGGUCUUAAGAUGAGCAAGGAGAACAUCAUCACCCUGUUGUGAGUGGGAGCUUUGCAUGUAAUUAUAGAAUACUUUGUAUCAUUCUGUUCUUUGUAAGGGUAUUUAGGAUACCAUGUGUGGGUACUGGAUUCUGAAAGGGGUGGAUUCUGGAAUCCACUGACGCUUCAUUAUAUAACUUUUGAGUGAUUUAUAAUCAAGUUAUUAAUCAACAUUUAUCCUUCUAAAUAUUACAUUAUUUGAAUGACUUCAAUGUAUAUUAAAGCAUUUAUUUUACUUUUUCAUCUUCAUUCACUAGUGUCUGUACCUCUUACUGUGAGUGUUGAGAACAUGUUAUCAGUAUGUUUUGGGAAAGUAUUCUGUUCAGCCAACUUCAACCUUGAAGAAGCUGUAUCUGUGUGUGCACUAGUGUUUUUUGGUACGAACCCUGUAUUGGAUGGAGAGGUGGACAAACUAUGGAGGACGAGCAACAGACGGCCGGCCACACACACUGGCGCCAUCUUUGAUGUAAAUUGUCCAUGGGUUUACCACGGGUAAAGCUGAAGAGCAGGGGUGACCAAGCCUUUUCAGCUUUGGAAUAGUUUGCCCCUCCACAUUAGAAAGGCUCAAACACUUGCUGUUUUUAAAUCUAGCCAAAAACGUAUUUUUAUAGUCUGGCAUUUGACGCUAUGUGAGGGUCACUUUCUGUUAUUGUUUUUAUUGUGUCUUAGUGUCUUCUUCUGUGGUGCUGACUGUUUUGUAUCUUUGAUAUUUUUAUUAUUUUAUGUGUGUACAGCACUUUGAUAAACAGGUGCUAGAUAAAAGGUGUUGUAUAAAUAAACUUUGACUUUGACGAGAAA